AUGUCAGGCAAGCCCGCGAGUGUGGCCGCGUCGCGGGCGGGCGUGGCGAGUGUGGCGGGCGUGGCGGGAGCGCCGCGCGUGCUGCUGUACGUGGCGGAGCGCCAGCUAGAGCCCGCCGCCGCGGGUCCCGACCAACCGCCCGCUGCCGCGCCGUUUGACGCGCUCUACGUCCACGAGAACAUACCGCACCAAGUCCCUUUGCCUCGGAAUACACUGUAUAGAACCCAACCGGAACAGAAUGAUCAGAGGAACAGCUCUGGUAACAUGUUCUACAAGCAUCUAAAUGAUAAUGAGGGUAAAUUGAGUGCAUAUGAAGCAACAGAGAACAUUGUAACCCAUAGAAGUGAUUUUUUCCCUGUUUCACAACAGUUUUUAAAAGAGCCUCCUUUAAAAGUUGAAGAUAGUAAGAAUAUUGACAGGCCAAACAACAUUAAUAUAAAAAGAGAUUGUACUAAUUAUUUGUCAACAGAGUACAGCAGUGUAGAGACAUUCCAAGCACGGGUUCCUGUAGAGACUGGGGAGACCACAACAUAUCAGAGAUGUCCUGUUAGUUCAGAUAAUAUGCCCUCAAUGGUUCCAGUGGGGCUUCGUCACACUCAUAAUCAAUUUAAUGAAAGUAGUGCAGUGCAAGGUGAAAGUGAAGGCACAAACAGCAGUGAGAGGGAGGUCUCUAUGAAUAAGGGUUAUGUGAACUAUCAGUUUUUAGAACAAAGUGCAACACAUCAGUCUAUUGUGAAUCAAAGUAUAAAUAUACUAAAUCAGCAAGUUGGAGUGAAUAGGACUAUUGGUAGUGAAGGGGAUAGUGGUAGUGCUCCACAGCUUGUACGUACUGCGGAUGGUGUGGUUUUAGCUGUGUUACCAUCACCUGCCUUACCACAUUCUACUGAAACAUCAGAGCUUAGAACUGCACAGAGUGAGUUUCCACAAACAAUAACUGUGCCAUUAGGGUGGCGGAGGAUUGUGACUGGUACUUCUGUGUUAUACAUUAGUCCUAGCGGUACUGCGCUCAGCAAUCUACCUCAACUCCGGGAGUAUCUACAAACAACCGGGACGUGCAAGUGCGGUCUGCCUUGUCCUUUACGGCCAGAAACGGCAUUCAGUUUCGAUCCUAAGGUGGUGAGCAAGCAGUACCAGGUGGCGUCGGGGCCGGAGCUGACCAAGUUGUGCAACCAUAAAAGGAAACUUUUGGCGACUCUGCAAGCCCGCACGCAGUCACCGGCUACGCCGCCGCCGCUCAACUUAGAACAGAAGAAAGGUGCAGAAGUAGCAGCUAAAAAGAAAAUGAAGAAAAGGCCAGGGUUUAUAUCGAACAUAAACGUUUCCCCGUUAAUGGUACAAAAGGAUAAGCCCCUCGGUGACUUUAAGAAUCAAGAAAUCGAGUCUAAACGCACGGUGUCUCCUGGAAUAAUGGUACAACGCCCCAAUAUGCAAUCUUGUCCACCAGGAUAUCUAGUGCAACAGAACAUGUUAAAUAUGGCUCAAGAGAACGAAGUUAAACACGAAACGCUCAUUCAGAGAAGUUCGCACUAUCUGACCGUCAACAAUGGCUGGAUAACACAACAGCCAGAAAACAUAGACGGACAGAAACAGAAUCAGGUUGCACAAAAUUCUGUUAAUACCUCUCUAAAUGUAGGUCUGCCAGUGCUAGGGACUAAUGGGCAAAUAAUUGGAGUGAAUACAGGGUACAAUAAACAGGCGAAUAAUCAAAAAAACGUUAUAGGCCUCCAGUCGCAACAUGUUAUGGAACAAGAUCGUAAGGAAGAAAAGAAAGAUCUGCACCCGAAUUUGCAAUCAGUCAGGCAACAGAGUAAAGAAGAGGAAUCCCAAAUAUUUUGUGGUCUGAAUCAAGCACUGACCCCCGAAGUAAUGCAAAAGAUAAAUGAACAGCAGCAAAUAUUCAUACAGCAGAAUCAAAAACAAAUAGAAAUGGCCAUGAAGGGCUUCAAAACACAAUUAGCUGAAAACACUAACCAGAACAAACCGCAAACGCAAUUCGUUCCUCAAGCUCAACUGGUGAUACAAAAUGGAGCUGUGGUUAAAACUAACUCCGCUAAAACGCCACCAUGGCAAGUAAAAAGAAGUGAAUCUAACACUUCAAUAACGAGUCCUAGUCCUAAGCCACAAAAAUUAGAAAAUGUUGAAUAUGAUGAGCAGCAUACAAACCCUCUAGAGGACUCUUCAAACUUAUUCAAUUCUUUUUCGGGUCACAACAACAUGAACCAGGCAAUGUGUUCCCGGGUGCCACCUUUACCUCAACAUUACAAUAUGAUGGGUCAACAAUGGCCCGGAGUUGACCUUAACAAGAAAAAAGUGAAAGGCAACACUAAGGCACCCAAAAAGAAAUUCAGUCCAACUGAGAACAGAACUAUGACGUUUGGUAACAACGGCAUGCGAUACGUUCAAGAUACAAAAGGAAAAAUUUGUGAUGAUAUGACAACAAAUAAUGUUCCUUCGUUUAUGGAUGACCCGAAUGGGUACUUAGCGCAACAAACGGUUUUGCUCAAUAAUACUAUUUCUAAGCAAGUGGGAAUUAGCUCUAAUUAUGAUGGCAACCAGUAUGAAAACUCUAAUAACUCUUACAGCUCUCACAAUCAAAAUGAAAAAUCUGGUAAACAAAUUAACAAAUCUCAUGAUGGAAUUAAUAUUUUCAAAAAUAAUAUGGUGCCAAAUUCGUCGCCAUCGCCAAACAAUACUCCAGACAGCAGUUUAGUGCCCGAAAAAAGUAUCGAAAACCCAGUUUCUCAGUGCUGUAAAGGCUGUAAUAUUCCUUAUAAAGGGAAUUGCUCAGAUUACGCUGAAAAUCAAAUAAGAGCAAAACAUAUGAAACACAAUCUAUGUUCAAUGGAACUAGAUGGCAAUCUGAGUACGUCUAGUCCGAAGCACGUAUUUGAUGAUAACCCCGUUACAUCGUCUACGUUCAUUGAGCGGAAUUCAAUGAUAAAUGAAAAUAGUGGUCCGAUCCAAGCAGGUGUGGUAAGCACCAGUAAUGUAUCGCCUACAGAGACUCUCCAACCUCCAGAACCCUCACCUACGCUGUCGAACAGUUCGAGAAGUACGGAUACGCCUCACAGCAGCGGAAGUAAUUCACAAAUGCAAAAUAAUUGUACAUUCCCCAUGCCAAGCCCGGCUUACCCUGGAUCUUGUAGAGAUAAUUCCAAUAGCAACCCCCCAACCCCUGGUAGCAAUCACGCAUAUCCAUACAACUCACCUGGACCACCCAACAGCCAAUCUAUUCUAGGAACGCAAAUGAUGCAUUUCAUAUCAAAUCAUAAUGUGAACAAAAAUCUAAUGGAAGUGGAUAACAUAUCAAUGGUUGGAGUGAAGCCAGGCUUAAGAAAUCCACAAGACAUAUACAGAUUAGAAGCAAGAAAGCGUUUUGAGAAUAUAAUGCCAGGUUAUUGUCCACCUCCACAUUUAGGAGGGGGUCCAGCGCAUUCAUUAAUACAAGCGUGCUAUGUACAAACGUUUGUAACAACAAUGGCCAGCGGGUUUUCUGUCACUCGAGAUACAGUCACUUCGGUGUUAGCUGGAAAAGCAAAUACAGCUACAACUUCUAUCAACGCGUCGCAAGCUAAUUUCGUCAGACCACCACCGCCCCCAAGUGUUAACUUGGCCACAACAUAUGCGAUACCGACCAACCAACCUGAUCCAUUUAUUAAUUCCGUCAAUUUACCUACGAGUUAUCCGUUGCACAUAGCCGGCACCACAGCGCAAAAUAUGAUUUCAAAAUCACCAUUAGAAAUGGUCCAGAACGUUAUCAGUAGUCUGCCGUCGAAGUCGGAAACAAAUAAUACGCAGUCUACAACAUUAACGCAGAUUGGUAGGCGGGCCGGUCCCACUACACCCGGACAGAUAUUGAUAUCAUCUACUGGUCAAAUCAUUGUUUCCAAUAACCAUAUGCCACCACCUCCGCCGAAAACAAGCACAUCCAAUUCUCCCAUACAAGCAUCAAAUGCAAUUACGAAUGUGACAACGUCCGUAACGCAAGUGUUACCCGCAGUUGGCAAUGUUCCGCCAAUUGUGAAUCAACCAACAGUCGUUGUUAAUACGUUGCCGACGCCGUUCGUCAUACAGCCGCCAAUAAUGGCCGUGGACGGACAAGUGAUGCAACAGAAUACAGUGCUACCUCAAAUAGUGACUGGGGGAAUUGUGUCGGGACAGACUUCGAACGAAAGUCCUCGACAGAUAGAAAUGAAGAAUGGACAAAGCUUUGUCCAAGGUGUUGCGAUGCUUUCACCGGAAAGUUUAAAAAAGAGAAACAAAAAGAAAAAGGUACCCGCCCCCAAUAUAACGAACGUUCUGCAAAUAACAGCGCCGCAACAAAAUCCCAGCAACAUAAUGGUGCAUCAUUCGUCGCCGCAGCACAAUUCUAGUCCACAAUUCUCGCCGCGUGGUUUUCAGCUAUCGCCCACCAAUAAUAUUUCGCCGACUCCGAUGCUGCAAGCGUUGACUAUUGUACCUGGAAAGUCGGGAACACCGGCGCACAUAGUUAUGAACGGACAAGGCAACACUAAUAAUUUUGGUUCCCAACAGAUAAUCGCGAAUACGUCACCGUCGCAGCAGAUCAAUCUAUUGCAGCCCGUCAAUUUAAUUAAUAACACAACAAGCGUAAUGUCGAAUUUCCCUGCCUUCCAGCAAUUCAUUGUGCCAAACCUCGGUGGAAUGGUGAUGACAGCUGAUGGAACGGCUAUAAUCCAAGACAAUUCAACGGGAAUGCCUAUGCAGUUGCAACUGCAAACAGUCAACGGACAAAAUGUAUUAACACCAGUUCAAAAUACUGGUGUGUUUGCAGCGGGAGCCAAUAGCGGCGUUGUGAUCAGAGCACAAAAUCAACAAGGAAAGAUUAUUCAAUCGCAGCACAGUCCAGGCGCUCAGUUCCUGUCUCCGAAUAACCAAGUUAUGAUGAACAGUCCCAACUUUAAUGGUCAGCUUAGUCCCCUACUUGCCAAUUUGAGUCCAACAAACGUAACAUUUAAUACGAGUCCACAUCAAGUGAGAACAGGGAACGUACAAACGCAAGAAUUUAUACAGACCAAUCAAAUGGGACAAACCUUGAUGGUUCCAUUAUCGCCGAAACAGGUUUCACUGACAUCAGCGACAAACAACAGGAGCAAUUCAACUUUCGUGCAACAAAAUACCACAAUAGUUCAGCAACAAACAACUUUGGUAUCAAACUCGCCUAACACGCAGAUGUCGUGCCCAACUAAUUUGCAUGGCGGCAAUUCUUCACGUCUGAGCAUAGACCCUAAUCUUCUUCUCACUCAUAAACAAGUAACAAAUCAAAAGGGUAGAAGCUUUGUUCAAAUAUCUGCUGAGAACAAUCAAAUUGACGAAGUAAAAGAUGAUAAACAGACGCCGCCGGUAUUCGCACAGUUGCAAUCGAAUGAGAAUGAAAGAAAAAUGGAGAACGAGGGAUACGCUAAAUUUAUGAACGAGUUCAAUCCUUUGAUCGGGCAGGGCACGUUUAAUUCCCACGUGAGACACUCGGUGUCGACUCAGACUUUAGUUAAUCAACAGAGGGGCAAAUCACCGAACAGCCAGGCGGUUUCUGGUAGCAGUCCCCCGGAUACAACUACGCACAGUCCUUUAGGCGCUCUGGAAACCGCUUCUAGUCCGCGAGUGUACGGCGCCAGAUGUGUGUCGACGCAAGGCAACUAUGCGGACACUACUACCAAGUCGCCGGAGCCUGCAGACGUGAACUCUUCGGCCAUGGUACAGUGUGUGUCGAGCAGUGAACAAGAUAUGGCCGAGUCAAGAGAACGUGGUUGGCCAACGCCGCGAAGCGACAUAAAUUCCGAUAACGAAAUUCCAAAUAUGAUGUCAAACGUACCCAUAAUGCGUCCUAGUCGGCCAAUGAAUCCAGUGGAAACAUCCGAGAUGCACUACAACCAAAGCAUGGGCACGCCUAAUUUAAACAAUCAACAUGUCAUGCCGAUGUCCUCCAAUUAUUAUGAAAGAGCCCAGGGCUAUAAGAGGAAACACGAAUUCGGCGACGGCUCCUCCUAUAGAACAGAUAAAUUGAUGAGGACAAACUACAGUAUGGUACAUGGCCUUCCUAAAGAUUCAGAAUACGACGGAUUAGAAAUUAGCUCCCCAGAUAAAUCUCAAAGGCACUUCCCUACAUCAGGGACCAGUUCGGAUUCAGCUUCAAUGCAGAAAGUAUUCGAUAGGCAUAAUUUAGGUUCUGGCGAUGAUUCGAAGAGCGAGGACGACUCUGACGAAAAAGGGGGUGAGGUAUCUAGUGAGAAACCGACGCGCAAGUUUGAGGUCGGGGACCUUAUUUGGGGGCCAGUGAAAGGGUACAACUCGUGGCCAGGGAAGCUGCAGGCCCGUUGCGAAGAUGGAAAAUGGAGCGUUCGUUGGUUUGGUGCCGACAAGAUGGCGGGCUGCGUGGAACAUUCUAGACUGCUCACCCUCAGCGAGGGCCUGGAGGCACAUCACGCCGCACGUACCAAGCACAGGAAGAGUAGAAAAUUGAAUUCUCUGCUCGAAAAUGCGAUACAAGAGGCAAUGGCAGAGCUCGAUAAGAAGUGUGAUAAAAACAUGGAAAGGAAAACAGAGGGCGAGGAUUCGGAUGUCGGCAUGUCAAUUACGGAGACACCUAAGAGAAGCAAGAAACAUGAUAAAUUAAGGAACAAGGAAAAGCAUAGGAAAGCUCCAGCAAAGGUGGAUAGCUCGAGAUUACGAAGUUCACGAUGA